AGAUCAACUAUGGAUGCAUUAAUAAAAGUCAGUAACGAAAUAGAGAAGGCAAUAAAAAUGAAAGAAAUUAUGGUAGUAGUAUAUUUUGAUAUAGAAAAAGCAUACGACACAAUAUGGAGAGAAGGGUUGUUAAUUAAAGCAGCAAUGAUAGGAAUAGAUGGUAAAAUGUAUAAUUGGUUAUCUCAGUUUUUAUUUGAACGAACAUUUUUAGUACAAGUAGGAGCGUGCCAGUCAUCAGUUUUUAAGGCAGAAAAUGGUAUUCCACAAGGGAGUGUAAUAAGUCCAAUUCUUUUUAACAUUAUGAUUAAUGAUAUUUUUGACAAUUUAGGAUAUGGUGUGGGAUGUGCGUUAUAUGCUGAUGAUGGUGCUAUUUGGAAGAGAGGUCGAAAUGUAUCCCAAGUGAUUUCAAGUAUGCAAACAGCUAUUAAAAAGGUGGAAAAAUGGAGUAUAGAAUGGAGUUUUAAAAUGUCAACAAAUAAAUCAUGUUAUAUGGUGGUCAGUAGGAAAAAAGAAGUUUCUAAAGAUAUUGAACUACUAUUGUAUGGAAAACCUUUAGAGCAAGUAAAGGUUUUUAAGUAUCUAGGAAUUUGGUUAGAUGCGAGAUAUACCUGGAAAAAGCAUGUUGAGGAAAUAGAUAAAAAAUGCAGGAGGAUUUUAAAUGUGAUGAGGGCAAUAGCUGGAAAAGAAUGGGGUGCUGAAAAAGAAUCAAUGUUAACAAUAUAUCAAGCUUUGAUAAGAUCUAUAAUAGAUUACGGAUGCAUGAUUUAUUGUUCAGCAUCAGAAACAUUAUUAAGGAGUCUAGAUAGGAUACAGUAUAGAGCUCUUAGAAUAUGCUUAGGAGCAACUAAAACAACACCAAUCAAUGCGUUAUUAGUAGAGGCAAAUGAAAUGCCAUUGAGCUUGAGGAGAGUUCAAUUGUCUUUGGUAUAUUGGUUGUCUUUAAAGAGUUAUUCUGGAAAACAUAUAGCUAAAGAUAUUUUAAAUAAUUGCUGGGAAUACUCAAAUAACAAAGGGAGAGGAUAUGGAUGGAAUAUAAAUCAGUUAGCAGAGAAAUAUCAGAUAACAAAUAUAGAAUGUAGUGUGUCACCUGUAUGGGGAGAGGUGCCAACAUGGAUAAUUCCUGAUGUUAAAAUUGAUCUAGAGAUAUUGGAUAAGAAAAGAGAAUGGGAGGAAAUGGGUAGUAUUAAAUAUAAUGUAAAUAAGUAUAUUCAGGAAAUAUUUUAUGCAAGUAUGCACAUUUAUACUGAUGGAUCUAAAGACCCCAAAACAGGGCUUACAGGAGUAGGAAUAUAUAUUCCAGAUUUUAAAAUAUCCAUAACUAAAAGAUUAACAUCUAAAUUGUCAAUAUAUACUGUUGAAAUGGUUGCUAUCAUAAUAGGACUAACAUGGGUAGAGGAAGUAAGACCAGACAGAGUAGUGGUAUGCUCUGACUCUGCUUCUGUUUUAACAUCAUUGAUUACUCGGCAAUCUUCUAGAGAAGAUUUGUUGUGUGAAAUAUUUACAUUAUUAUGGCGUAUACAAAGAAAAGGUGUGGUAGUUGGAUUCUGCUGGGUGCCAGCACAUGUGGGAAUAACUGGAUGUAACACGCCAAAAAACGGAAGAAGAAGAAGAAGAAGAAGAGGGAGUUACUUAUGGCUCACCUGCUGA